AUGACGGUGGGCAGCUUGUCGACAUCAUCAUCAUCAGCUGCUGCCGCCGAAGGCGUUGUGAAGAGCGAGCACGCCUUCAUCGACGACGAGCGUCACGUCAAGCUCGCACCGUCGCCAUCAACGUCGAGCAUCGCGAGCGCAACAUCAUCAUCGACGGCCUCAAACCGACUCGCGUUUCUCGAGAAAAUCGUCAAAAUCGAAAUUGACGACGAUUUUUUCGCGCAAAAAUGCAAAUGGAGCUCGUGCUGUUUGACGGCGUCGAGCUCCGAUGAGAUCUACGAUCACGUGAUUGAGGAGCAUAUCAAUGCGAUAAUGUCGAAGGAGGAGGUGGAGAGUGUGCGCUGCGAGUGGGACAAUUGCCGAACGGAGGUGUGUCGGGGAACGAUGGCCAAGAAGAUCGACUGGCUCCAGAAGCAUUAUCGUAGUCGGCACGCGGUCAACGCGCGAUCGUUCAAAUGCCUCAUCGACGGAUGCGCGGCGCGCGCGUCAACGUCGAAGCAGCUCGAGGAGCACGUGCUUCACGCGCACAUCGACGCCGAGCGAAAAGCGCGCAAGAAGGCGGAAGCCGAGAGGAAGGCCGUCAAACCGCCGAAGAACCCGUUUCGGUGGAGCCAACAAGAAUAUCUUGUGCCGGGGUUGACCGAAGGCUCGUCAUCGCUCACAUUUUCGCAUCGCGACGUCUACGCCGACCGCAAUCAAUUCUAUCUCGACAACGACGGCAAAGUGAAAUUCGAACCUGUGUGGAGCGAAAAACCGAAAGGCAGCGCGAAACGCAAAAUGGGAUACGGCGCCGAAUGGUAUGCGAAAUACCAACUGGUUCUAGCCGAUUCGGAACCUGAAAAAAAGGCGAAUAAGAACGAGUGUUUUAAUGUUGAAGAAGAGGAAAAACUCACACUGGCCGAUUUGUUCCCGUCGGCAGCGCAGAGAAAUCGCGAAACAGCACCUGUCGAUGUCCUGGAGAAGCCUAAAAUCAAGGUGUUGAAGAGGAAAGCGAGAAAAAGCUUUGAAAGCGGUGUUUGCGCGCCGGAAACACUCCCAAAACGGUCGAGAAGAAGCCUUCCGUACGGCGUGUUCGAGGAAGACAGCACCGACAAUGAGGACGACUACGGCUUCGAGAGAAUCCCGGAGACGUUGAGAAGGCCGACGACGACGGCGCCGCCACCGCGCGCCAUCAAACGCGCCAAUUCCAUCGAAUCGACGUCGUCGUCGAGUCAGGAGUCGGACGGCAAACCCGACGACGAUUAUUCGAUGCGAUUGGCGAAAUUCGCCCGCUACGGAUUGUAUCCGAUCAAAGCGUCCGUCUAUUUAGCUUUAAUUGAAAAUAGGCGAAAAUUGUGA